CUCGUUUCAAAUUACUUCCCUGCCCGCAUGACGUCCAUGAAAUAAAUGUCUUUUAUUUCUCGUUUAUUUGUUGUUGUCAACGUAGCAGCUAGAUCCCUUGUACCGUUUCUCUGUUCUUUGCUCUCUCUUCGCUUUCAUACGUUUUAUAUUUAAAUUAACUGAAACGAAACGAAAUGAGAUGGAUUGUUAUGCUAGCAUUAUUGUAAGAGUAAGAGGGCCUGUGAGAAGGCAAUGCCAAUGGGAAUAAUGAGAGGGGCAGGGGCGAGCUCAAAGCCUUCAUACCCCGCAAGGCGCCCUAGCAGUGCAUUCAAAGACGAUUCCGCAGUGGCAGGGAGAGUAAGGGUAGCAGUGCGGUUACGGCCUCGGAACGCAGAAGAGGUUGCUACAGAUGCUGAUUUUUCUGAUUGUGUUGAACUGCAACCUGAGCUUAGGAGGCUAAAGUUGAGGAAGAACAUUUGGAAUUCUGAGACAUUUCAGUUUGAUGAAGUCUUCACAGAAACAGCUUCACAAAAGCGUGUCUAUGAAGUGGUUGCCAAACCUGUGGUUGAGAGUGUCUUGAAUGGGUACAAUGGGACGGUGAUGGCCUACGGUCAGACAGGGACAGGAAAGACAUUUACUCUUGGUCAACUGGGUGCAAAAGAUCCUGCGGAUCGAGGGAUAAUAGUUCGGGCUUUAGAGGACAUUUUGGCUAAUAUGAACCCAGCUCUGGAUAUUGUCACUGUUUCAUAUUUACAGCUUUAUUUGGAGACAGUGCAAGACCUACUUGCACCUGAAAAAGACAAUAUACCAAUUGUUGAGGAUCCAAAAUCUGGGGAUGUAUCUUUGCCGGGAGCCACUGUGGUACAAGUACAUGACCACAAAGAUUUUGUGCAGCUGCUACAAACUGGUGAAGCAAAUCGUUUUGCAGCAAACACAAAACUGAACACGGAAUCUUCACGAAGCCAUGCAAUUCUUCUGAUAUAUAUAAAGAAAUCUGUGACAGAGAAGAAGGAAAAUGAAUUUCCUUUACUAAAUAAAAAUGGCAGUAGUUUGCAGCUAUCAAAAAAUCUUUCUGUGCCUGCCAUCCGAAAAAGCAAGUUGCUUAUAGUUGAUCUUGCAGGGUCAGAGAGGAUAGAUAAAUCUGGAAGUGAUGGUCACACAUUAGAAGAGGCUAAAUCCAUUAACCUUUCCCUCACAGCACUUGGAAAAUGUAUAAAUGCACUAGCUGAAAAUAGUUCUCAUAUCCCUGUCAGGGAUUCAAAGCUCACCAGAUUGCUUCGCGAUUCAUUUGGAGGAACUGCUAGAACCUCACUAGUGGUAACAGUUGGUCCAUCACCACGGCACCAAGGGGAAACAGCAAGUACAAUUAUGUUUGGCCAGAGAGCCAUGAAAGUGGAAAAUAUGUUGAAGCUGAAGGAAGAGUUUGAUUACAAAAGCCUUUGCCGUAAGCUUGAAAGUAAGGUCGAUAUCCUCAUUGCACAGAAUGAAAAUGUAUCUAAAUUAGCUCUUGAUACCAAGCAAGAUUUGGAAAAGAAGCUUGAAGAAUCCCAGAAGUCUCUACUGGAGGUAGAGAAAAAGCUUGCUACCAGUUUUGAGGCAAAUAUGAUGGGAAUUGUUUGAAAACAUCGCUGUUUUAUAGGGACUUGGCAAAUGCACGUGGAAUAUCCUUUGAAUCACUAGUUAUUUCUCAUGGUCAAUUAUAUAUGGAAACAGUUACCAGAACAUGAUGCACAAUAUUAAUGAAAUACAGAUUUUGUGUGUUGUUUACAAUGAUGCUUUAACUAUGUAUGACACAUGUUAGUCCUUCCUAAAAAGCUGGUGCAAUCUCUAACCUCCGUCAUCACUGUAUUACAUAAUGCAGAUGUAAUACAAUUUCAGACGUUUAUCUGUAGAAUGUAAAGGUGAACAUUGAAAUGCUAGUCAUAAAAAAAGGUA